AUGAAGCGGCACUCUGCCAAGGGUGUCAGCGCCGCACUGGAUCCCGUCCAGCUCCGCCUCGAUCCUCGGGCCGAUCCACUCUCCUGCUGUGCGGGGCUAGAGGCUGCAGGCGGCGGCGCUGAGAGAGGAAGGUCAGCGGGAUCCCCUUCUCCGGCUCGUGCAUCCGGCACCCGCGCCGGUCCCCGGGGAGAGACGGAGGGAGGCCGGAGACUCGAAGAACUGGGGACCGAGAGAGACUCCGAGCCACCCACGUCCUUCCUCGCCCCCGCCCCCCACCCCGGUCCAGGGCAGGGCGAGGCCCCAGGCCGGCCGCCCGCAUCUGCCUUUCCGCGGUGGCGGUUCGCGGGCGCUGCGGUCCGGGGGAGGCUGAGCGGCUGUGUGUCGCCCGGGCCGGGAGGGGGCGCCCGAGAGAAGCUCCGCGGCCCACGGGUGAACGCCCAGCCGGGACCCCAGAACCCCGCGGUGGGGGGCAGGUCCAUCCCAGCUGACGCAGAGUCUCGGAACCCGGUUCAACGCGGUCCCCCCCAGGCAGGCUCAGGGUCUCCUACCCUGCAGCCACUCUGCCCAGAUCAGGCCUCCCCAGUCCUGCCCCUGGGAACGGGUGCAGAGAGCUACAGCCAGUCCAUGGCCAGAAGAUGGAGGCUUCGAGAUUUGGAUGCAAUGCACAUGCGUACACUGACGCUUCUCUUCUGACCUGCCUCCUUUUUUUGAACCAUCAGACUGUGAAUUCAUCAGACGUGCAUAUGGAUGGGAUCUUAUUCACCUUGGUAAUCCCAGAACACAGCACUAGCACUGA